AACCCUGCCGUCCUCCUCCUCCCAUCGAAACCUCUGGUGCCUCGGCCACCGCAGCAGCCUGGGCGUGGUGGCCCCUUCUCCGCCGCGGCUCACUGGGCGGCGUCAUCCCGGCUCUCCCGCGCGGCGGUGGCGGCGCGCGUCUCCUGCGGUGCUCGUGCUCCUCCCGCGCCCAGCCAGAAAUUUGUAGCUGAAAGUUUCUUCGAGAACAAGCAAGAGCUUUGCGUGUCUCGACAUUAAAGAAGAAAUUGUAGCUGAAGCAACAACAGCAAAGGGAACAAUGGCACUAUCACGUAGUAUGAGAACAUGUUUGCACAGUGGAAGACUUGCCCUUCUUGCCAUAUUGGUCUCUGGUGGAAUUGUGUUGCAGAUCCUGGCUUGUGCUCUCUAUAACAACUGGUGGCCAAUGCUAACAGUUCUGAUGUACCUUAUCCUACCGAUGCCCCUCAUAUUUUUCCUGGGUUCUGAUACUUCCUCGAUUAUGUCUAACGGGGGUGAUGGCUGGGUGAACUUCACGAAAUUCUUGACGGGCGCAUCAAUAGUGGGGAGCAUUGCCAUUCCGUCGAUCCUAAAGCAUGCUGGUGUCAUUGGAUGGGGAGCCCUGACGAUGGAGCUGUCAUCGUUCGUGGUCUUCGGCGUGGCGAUCCUGUGGUUUAUCCAGAUGAGCAGUGAAGACGAGUACAGCAGUGUGUUCUAGUUUUAAUGCUCACAUCCUCUUGGCCGCGUGAUACCUUUGCAAAAUGGUUGUGAACUUGCUUGUACAGCAACAGUCGGAGCAUUGCCUUGGUCGUUGGUCCCCAUUAGUGAUACUCUCUCUUAGCGAAAAAUUGGAUGCGUUUGUACAUGUUUGGUCCGCCAUUGUGGUCCUCUGGUGAUGCUGUUCCUGACAUACAGAAAAUUUGUUUACGUGGUAUUGAUCCUCGACUGCCUGCCCCAUCUCAAUGGCUAUAUGGCAGUCCAAAUAGAUGCCAAUCAGGUUGCCCUCU